AUGGCGAGAAAGUGUCGCAAAAAGGAGGCCUUAAGUGAAUACAAGCGUCCUACUUUCAUCCGGCAAAUUCUCACCUGCCUCUACAAACAGUGGCUCGCCCUAAUUCAAAGCCCUCAGUCCUACAUCAUUAUUUUCGGGGUUCCUGUCCUCACAAUCUUCGUUCUUUACAUAGUUCAGACUGCGAUCUACUCUCAGAGUUCGUUUCUCUCGUAUGCCUCUACGACAUCCAAAGACUUUAUCGAGAGGUUCCCAUCGGACACGAUUGUCUGGCCCACAUGUGCUAACAGUGACCCCGAAUUGAUUCAGAAGCGCUGUGUUGAUUUUGCCGUCUGUAUUGCUGAUGCUUCUGACAAGGCUGAUUCGGGGACCAAAGGUGCUACUGAUCUCGCUCAGACCUACGAAAUUGUUAACUUCCUCAUUAAGAGACACAACCUGGAGACGGUUAUCAUCUAUGACGAAGAUUGCAGCACGUUCUUUUACGACCUCUCGGACGUCCUGCGUCCAAAUGAUACGGUUGUAGCCUUAAAGUUUGGUGCUUUGGAAAAGGACUCGGGCCAGAAGCCGAUCAGCAUCUACUCGUCAUCAAUGCGCUAUCAGCCAAAGCUGACGCCGGACACACGCUUUGUUCACUUUGAUAGCAAUCGGAAUAUGUUUGUACCCGUCAUCAAAGGGAUUUAUGAGGCAUUUGCAGUUGUAUAUCAAAACGAGGCUAGUUCGUUCACAAUUCCAUCACCAAAGCUUGUCUCCUGGCCGCACUUGGCCUAUAAUGAAUAUAAACCGAUAACCAUGCUUGUCGGUAUGCUUGUUACCCUGUCCUCUGCUGCACUACUUAGCUUGCUUGCUUCAAUGCUGCUUUCUGACCUGUCUCAUCCGUGCUGCUCUCUUAUGGAGUUUCUGGGGCUCACUGUGCCUGCGCGUCUGAUAGCCUGGCUCAUAAUAGCUAUCCCCGUGGCGGUGAUCCAGCCGCUCAUGCUCUACGUCUCAGGUAUAGUGAUGAAGAUCCCUCUUUAUUCUAGCCUCCCUGCAAGGUUAGGGUACUUUCCUCUGUUUGUCUUCUCUUUGACGCUCAUCCCUACUGCGAUGCUCAUCUCCGUUUGCUGCAGCAAGAACAUUGCGUACCCAGCACUGCCGACAAAUAACCCUACGUCCGUUGCUACGUACAUCGUUGGAAUUAUUACUGUCAUGAGCAUUAUUAUUCUCGCCCCCAUAUCCUCCACGGUUUUCAAGACCAGUGAUGUCCAUUCUGUUUCUGCAAGUAUAAACAGCAUUUUUGGCGAAAAACAAGAGGUAGGAUUGCCUGUCAAGGUUACCUCGUAUAUUUUGCGACAAAUCAACUUUGCUGUUGGACUGGCAUGCUGUUCACUUGGCAUCAUCGAUAGCAAGAAUAAUCUUAACUCGUUGGGCAUCAACGAAAAGGAACUUUGGUGGGUUUUAUGGGACGGAGUGUGGAUGCUUUUAGUUGCUAUCUUAAUCACAUGGAUUAAGAUUUUCAUAGCAAGGACACCUUCCUGUGGAAAAUGCUGCGAAUCUGCGGCCAGUAAGAAGGAAAGCGUAUGUAAAACCGCGUCCUCUGUUUCUAAGUCAAAGAACUCGAUUGCGUCACACUUAAAGGUGGGCACCCCCCAGUUACGACUACGAUCGCUGUUUGAAGAUGGCAACUCUAUGCAUCGUAGCUCUGCGGCAGGAGAAGGCAGCAGCACAGCGUUAGGAUACUCGUCGUCAAAUGCCGCCAUAAACCCAAUACAAUUGGAAGACUCGACCUCUAAUAACCCAAUCAGCCACUCAGAGAUGGACAGACCCAGGAGUCUGCACAGACCAGGAGAAAUGGAGGUUCUUAAUAUCCUUUCAGACCCCGUGCGCUUGAGCGACACGUUGAUAAUUCGCAAUCUUGUGAAAAGGUACAAAGACUUUAAGGCACUGUCAGGAAUAGAUAUGUACAUUGGCCCUGGUGAAUGUAUAUGCAUUAAUGGAAUCAAUGGGUCCGGCAAAUCCACGUUGCUCCACUGUAUUGUCCACCUGGAGCAGUACAGUAGCGGAAGGAUCUCAUAUCCCAAAACUAUUGGGUUUGUUUCGCAGUAUAAUACGUUGUGGGAUAAUCUUACAGCAUCCCAGCAUAUCAAGCUCAUGUUGAGAGCGCGGGGAUUACCUACAACGGCUGCAAACGUCAGUGCUGCACUGGAAGAGGUCGGCUUGGGAGGUGUAGAGAAACGUAAGGUAGGACAGUUCUCCUACGGAAUGAAGAGGCGCACUUGUCUCGCCAUGGCCCUUGCUGGAAGGCCCUCUCUAUUUCUGCUCGACGAGGUUACGUCUGGGGUCGAUCCUGGCUCAAAGGAGAAAAUUUGGGCAGUCAUUCAAAGACAACAGCAACAGAGGUCUGCGGUUGUACUAACGUCGCACUCCAUCCGCGAGUGUGAGAUCCUGGGCACUCGGAUAGUCAUAAUGGGCGCAGGAAAGGUGGCAGCUGUAGGGUCCUCAAGCGAGCUUAAAAACUCGCAUGUAUAUGGCUAUUCGUUAACUGUAGAAGCUGUGCAUACGGAUGGGAUAACGUCUGAACAAGUCAUGCACAAUAUUCAUGCAUCCGGGGUCCUUGAUGGUGUAUCGGACGCCGCUGCAGCCCUUGCGCUGGCAGAGGCCGACUCUGUCCACGGAAAGCCGAGGGUGGGGAAGAUCAAGCUCCGCCAGGUCACGGGCAGGAUCGUGAUCGUGGAGCUUCCGAAGCUGCCCCUCCCGGCUGUGGCGGCUGUCUACCGGGGGAUAAAGGCGCUGGAGGCAGUCAGAUCUGUGGCCCUCCGCUCCCCCAACCUGGAGCCCAUAUUCACCGAGUACGCCCUCCUCAGCGAGAGGAAGGAUGACGGGUCCCCGGUGUCCCUGUAG